UUCGAGACCAAUCAGAGCGCACGCUGAUGGAAGGCAGUGGGGUUUGAGGCACACCGGGUCUACAUGAGUGUCUGGAGGAUAUUGUGAGGUUUACGAAUGAUGUAAAGAAGGGUUGACUUUUAUGUGGUUCUUUUUUUUCGUUUCACAGAUCCCUGGAUGUACAUUUUCUUCGUUUGGAAUACCUUUUUUUAUGCAGGCAAUGUUAUUGACUUGAUGGUGGAUCCAGUUCAACUUUUCCUCGCUCUCCGACAUUUCUCAAUGCAUCCCUUUUUAGACCGACGGGUUUAUGGACUUCUGUAUUAGCUAAUGAUGUCUAUAGGUUUCAUGCCUGAUAGUUUGAAUUCUUCAGAUCCCUCCAAAUCGACCUUUUUCGAGUUUGGGCACGGGCACCCUGCGCACCAGCAGCAUUCCCAAGGACACUCUCACAUCUACCCCGUUAGUGGUUUACAAUCUGCCGGACACUCUCAACACGGUAGUCCCUUCUCCCCCAGCGCGUCCUCCUAUGGCCGCUCCCUGGGCUACGCCUACCCCAGAGCGGUGAACACUCAUCACCCGAGUGCCUACAUGCCCUACCAGCACAACAAUCACAGUUUGGCGCACUCCAGAUUAGAUGAGACAGACCAUGAGAAGUCUACAGUGAUUGAGAACGGGGAAAUUCGUUUGAAUGGUAAAGGAAAGAAAAUACGCAAACCACGGACCAUCUACUCCAGUCUUCAGCUACAGGCGCUCCAACAUAGGUUUCAGCAGACCCAGUACCUGGCUUUACCCGAGCGCGCAGAUUUGGCGGCUAAAUUAGGGCUGACCCAAACACAGAUUAAAAUAUGGUUUCAAAACAAGCGCUCGAAAUAUAAGAAGAUACUGAAGCAUGGCAGCGGGCCAGAGGGGGAACAUCUCCACAGUACGUCAUCUAUUUCUCCUUGUUCACCCGGGAUGCCUCAACUUUGGGAGGUGUCAAUGGCAAACAAAGGGACCCCUACGCACCCCAACAAUUACAUGAACAAUUUUGGUCACUGGUACCCAAACCAUCUCCAGGAUCCUAUGUCCAGACCUCAAAUGAUGUAAGCAGACCAUCUCAACACACUGCGCGGUGCUGUAAAACUCACCCGGCCAUUUCUAACUUUUCAAGGGCCUUAAGGCUAUAUCUGCCUACCCCACACCCGAACGAACACGUCUCAUCUAGCCUAUCAAGUUUGAUUUACGUGUUUAAUUCAUGUCAAUUGUCUUUUUUUCUUUCAUUGCAAUGUAGCCUAUGUUUUUGGAUGACGAUUUUGUAUUUCUUGUGUCCACUUUACGCACUGCUCUUAAUUUUUGGAAUGGCUUUGGUGAGAAAUGUGCUGUCAGGUGGCAACAUGCUUAUGGUUUGAUUCCAGCAAGGGACAUGCACAUGAAUAUGUGUGUCAAUUGGUUAUGACCGUAUUAUUAAUGUGAUUAACAGUAGUGUCCCAGGCAGUCCACGUUUGGAUAGCUUCGUCACAGCAAAUAUGAAUUUAUUGUGCAUAUACAUUUCGGAAUUGUUUGAUAUGGUUCUCAGCGUCUAUUAUUGUGAAGGUGUCAAUAGUUAUUGAUCGUUUUAAAGUGCUUUGUUUGAUAUACAGUGCCUUCAGAAAGUAUUCACACCCCUUUACCUUUUCCACAUGUUGUUGUGUUACAGCCUGAAUUUACAAUGGAUUCAAUUGGGAUUGUGUGUCCCUAUCUCAUAGUGUCAAAGUGGAAUUUUGUUUGUAGAAAAAUGUUGAAGGUGUAUUAAACAUUUAAAGCUGA